AUGGUGUCCUGCAGCGCCUGGGACUCAAUCUGGGGCAGAGAGUCGACGUCGACAUGGGCGGCGCCGGAGCUCCACUGGAGCUUCUUGGGCAGCUGGGGGAGCUGCAGAGGGAUCUGCAGCGCAGAGGCGGUGCCUGCCAGGGCAAUGGGGAUCGCGCCGCGCAUCUCGUCGUCGUUGUCUGGAGAAUUGAAGGCGCGAGUGAGGAGGCUGGGUGUUGCAAAGAGGAGAACCGACUUGUGUGACUCGGCCGGAGCUUCUCGAGCCCGUUUCCGAAACCGGUCAUCAGCUGUGCGACCUGGAGAAGCCCAGCCCCCACGCGUCAAUGGUGCACAGCCCGCCUGCAAGAAGCGCGGACCACGAUCGUCAUUCAUCUACUGUAACAACACCAACUUUGAAGCUGGACACGACGUCCUUUCGCACGCAAUUCCCUCUUCAGCUCUCUGCAUUCGCGCACGAGCUCUCCAUAAUUUCCCGUAUAAUAGCACCCACAUCGAGCUUCCUCCCCAGGAACCCCUCCACGAUCUGGAUCUCCGGCACGCUGGAGCCGACCUCCAAGACUUGCUUCCGGAACAAUCGCAUCUUGUCCUUGUCCAGGAUAUUGCCUUUGAAGACUGUGGCAAGCAUAUCCGCCGCAUAUGCGGUGGCACUGCGCGAUUUCUGAAGAUGGCACCGAAAGCGGCUUGUUCCCAUCCCCAGUCUGCGGGAUCGCUUCCUUGGCAGCCCAUGUCCCUCUUUGACGUAUUCCACAGCAUAGUUGUGUCCAUGUCGAGGAGUUCCUGGUGGUUUGUCGGGGAGUGGAUGCGAAGAUCGAAGACGGCUCGCUGA